GAUCUGUUUGUUACAUACUGUAUUCUCGAUUAAUGUAGAUGUACGUAUUGGUUCUUCGUCGUUACUAGAUAGACCGUCUGACACAUGCUUUGUUUGGUUGAAUUCUGAAGUUGAACAUCCACGUGAUGAGCAACGUGCCUAUCGAGCUGACUCAGCCGUGCGUUUCCCCUUUUGUCCACCAAGGCCUUGUUGUUCGCCUCCCAAGACUACAUACUUACCUUUUGUAGUCUGCUGUGAGCGUCUCUCGGCUCACUCUAUCCCCCCCACCAUGCACUCGAAACUCAUUGCCGCAGCGACUGCGCUGGCUGGAUGCGCGACCGGCGUCGUCGCCUGGGGAGCUGCAGGACACGAAAUCGCCGCCACGAUAGCCCAGAUCUACCUAGACCCCAGCGUGCUCCCGACGAUCUGCACGCUCCUCAACUCCACGUCGACGGACCCCACCGCGCCGCUGUGCCACUUGGCGCCCGUCGCGACGUGGGCGGACAAGUACCGCAACAAGAUGCGCUGGUCGGCGCCGCUGCACUACAUCGGCGCCAAAGACGACUAUCCGUCGCGCACGUGCGCGUUCCCCGGGACGCACGGGUGGGCGGGGCGCGAGGGCGGCAACGUGCUCGGCGGGAUUCGCAACGUCACGGACAUCCUCGAGGGCGUGGUGCCGUACGGGCGGCGGGGCGAGAUGUCGACACAGCAGUAUGAGCUCGCGAGCGAGGCGCUCAAAUUCCUGAUCCACUUCAUGGGGGAUAUGCACAUGCCACUCCACCUGACUGGGCGCGACCGCGGAGGGAACUCGAUGAAAGUGGCUUUCAACGGCCGGCAGACCAACCUGCACUCCCUGUGGGACGGGCUGCUCAUCGCGAAAGCCCUCCGCUCCGUUCCGCGCAAGUACAACCAGCGUCUCCCCUCGCGCAAGAUCGAGUCCGCGCUCCGGGGAACGAUCUACGACUCUUACGUGCGCAUGAUCAUGGUCGAGGGCGUCCUGUCCCAGUGGCAGCGCGAGCUGCCGGACUGGCUCGCCUGCCCCGCACAAUCAGCGCCCGUCAGUCUAGCUAUGCCCACCUCCCUCGGCACGUUCUGGCAGCAGGCCGUGUACGUCUGGGAGCGCGUUACCCGUCGCUCUUCGGCUGCUACGGAUAUCGACGACGCUCUGAUCUGUCCCUACUACUGGGCGCAGCCCAUCCACGCGCUCAACUGCGAGCUCGUGUGGCCGAAGGCGCUAGACGAGCCGCCCUACGACACGAUCUCCGCCGCGCACGACGGUGACGCGCGCACUUACCACGGGAGCGAUGCCCACGGCCGAGACACGCUUGCGGCGGAACUCGACCAGGUCGACGCGGCUGGGCGCUUCACUGCUGGCACGCCGAGCAAGCAGCAUCUGGAGCUCGACACACCCGAGUAUUCGGGGAAGAUCAUGAAGGACCGGGUUGUCGAGAAGCUUCUUGCGCAGGCCGGGAUCCGGCUUGCGGGGGUGCUCAACUAUCUGUUCGCUGACUUGGACGACGAGGAGAUGAUGGUUUGGAGGAGUCAGUUGCGCGUAGAUCUCUGAGUCUGGUGAAUGCGCCGGGAAUGUACGAUAUCUAGAUUGUCAGAUGUGUGACGAAGGAAUGUAACUGAAUUUGUGUAGUACGCAUGCGAGCUGAUGGGGUGACCCGGUGCCGCAUAGCUGGCCGACUCGGAAUGAGUGCUCAUUCUGCCAGUGCCGAUUGAGAGGUCAACCGAAAUGUUGCUGUCCCAGGGCCCGCGUGGGUGCAUGGUUGACGUCAUGCACACACGCCAUCUGACGGUCGCGGCUUGGAACACGAUUGGAAGCCAAUUGGGAUGAGUUCUUGCAACUUCCAAGUUCUCCCUCGUCGACUACACCUACGCCUAGACUCUCCUGGAAAAACUAUCCGAGGUGCUUUGUCAUAACUGUCUACCGUGUUCGGUGAACGCGCAAGCAGCGUGCCGCAUAGGUCUCGCACCGAGCGCAUAAGCACUCGGCUCACGACGAAGCCAGCCCGGCCCAUAUAAAAUGCAGGCAAUCCGCCCAGCAUCCGAACACAUCUCUCUCUGCAAUGUCUCUCUGGCAGCCUCCUCCCCCACCGUCCACGAAGCUCGGCGUCUACCGCACGCUCUCGACGAAAGCGGGUGUGCACGUCUCGCCGCUGCAGCUGGGUGCGAUGAGCAUCGGCGACCAGUGGGCCAAGUUCGGCAUGGGCUCGAUGGAUAAGGAGUCGAGCUUCAAGCUGCUGGACGCGUACUUUGACGCGGGCGGGAACUUCAUGGACACCGCCAAUGCCUACCAGGACGAGACCUCGGAGAUGUUCAUCGGGGAGUGGGCGGAGAAACGGGGAAUUCGAGAUCAGCUCGUCCUCGCGACCAAGGUCCGCGGCGGCCUUCCUUGCAGUCUACGACGUGUUCUGACUUCCGCGGCCGAAUCUAGUAUUCGGCCAACUUCAAAUCGCGGCAAAACAUCGUGCAGCAGGUGAACUACACGGGCAACAACGUCAAGUCGAUGCAUCUCAGCCUCGAGGCGAGUCUCAAGAAGCUGCGCACGACGUACGUCGACCUGUUCUACGUGCACUGGUGGGACUACGACACAAGCGUCGAGGAGGUCAUGGACGGGCUGCACAAUCUCGUCGCGCAGGGCAAGGUGCUCUACCUCGGCAUCUCGGACACCCCGGCGUGGGUCGUCGCGGACGCGAACCGGUACGCGCGGGAUCACGGGAAGACGCCGUUUGCGGUGUACCAGGGCAUGUGGAACGUCAUGGACCGCUCGUUCGAGCGGGAUAUCCUGCCGAUGGCUCGCGCGAACGGCAUGGCUCUAGCCCCGUGGAACGUCCUCGCACAGGGGAAGCUCCGCACGGAUGCCGAGGAGGAGGCUCGCCGCGUUUCGGGCGAGAAGGGCCGCGUGACGUUCAGCCCCACGUGGGAGCGCAACGAGCAGGAGAAGAAGAUGUCGCAGGCGCUCGAGAAGGUCGCCGGUGAAGUCGGGGCAAAGCACAUCACGUCCGUCGCCAUCGCCUACCUAAUGCACAAGGCUCCGUACGUUUUCCCCAUCAUCGGUGGGCGCAAAGUCGAACAUCUCCUGGCCAACGUCGAAGCGCUCGACGUCAGUCUGUCGCCUGAACAAAUCGCCUACCUCGAGAGCGUCUCACCGCUGGAUCCCGGCUUCCCCAAUUUCAUGAUUGGCGAUGGAACGAAGAACAGCAGCUUCUUGGCUUCGGCGGCGCACUUUGACCGUGUGCCUAUUGCACAGAGCAUCCCUCACAAGAAAAGCUGAACGUCGAUUGUACUUUGGUAGCCUAGUCUCCUGAUCUGACCUGAAUUGUAUAUUGAAAUGGAGAUCGGAGAUUGGCCGAGUAUUUCAGAAGCUCUGAAAUGUAGAUACGGAAGAACGAAUGAUCGACCCAUGUGGUCUUUCGAAACAGGGUGCACGGAUUCAGCCGGUGAUGCUCGAAAGCUAUUUUCGGGUUCAGUUGUGCGAGGUGAACCUGUG